CAAAUUUCCAUUUAUUCUUUCCGGAAGCCUCCCUUUUAAAGUACAUACUUUACCUUUAUUACAAUAAAUUAAUGAUUUCUCUAAAUUACGUGUCAACAAUUGAGAGGUGACUCAAUCUGCUUAAAGACUUUUUCCUCAAUGAAUAAAUUAAUCUAGCAUUAAUAAAAAGAACAUUCACCUCUUUGCAAAAAAUCAAAGCACACUGCACCGUGACGUUUUUUCUAUAGCCGGUAUGAGUGUGUAUCAUUUAUUGAUCAGAUAAACCGUUCUCAAGGCCAUGAAUAAAUUAAUUAUUGCUUCACUGCCUGUUAAAAUUUAAAAUUUCCAAUCGUACACCUGUUAUUGAUAUAAUUUAUACGAAAAUGGAAACUUCUUAGACAUAGAACAAUAUAGAUAGAAGACAUACAAGAAAAUGCAAUUCACAGUCAUCCUAACCUUUAGUUUUAUUGUUGUUGCCAGUGCAGGAUACAUUCCUUCAACUCAUAUUAACAAAGAUUUCAAUUAUCCCGCCUUGACGAAAUCAUAUGAAGACUACGAUCCUUAUCCACAGUACUCAUAUUCGUAUGGGGUAGAAGAUGCAAUUACUGGCGAUUCAAAAAGUCAAACUGAGACCCGCAAUGGAGAUGUUGUUCAUGGAGAAUAUUCUUUGAAUGAUGCCGAUGGUUAUAGAAGGAUCGUGAGAUAUAGUGCUGAUUCAAUCAAUGGAUUCAAUGCUAUUGUUCAACGUAUUCCACUUGUGAGAUCUGUAAAUGAUGUUGCUGGUACAUCAUCUGCUAUCAAGUCAGACUAUCUUCCGAAGUCGUAUGUAACACAAACGGUAGUUAGUCAUGAUCCAAUAAUCCAGUAUAACUAUCCAGUUUAUUCAUAAAUUAUAGUUUGUUAAUAUGAGAAUAAUUGUUGUUUAAUCUUGCACUGCAAGAAGAAAAUGAAAACAAGUAGAGACGUUAUAAAUAUUUCUCGUACAGAUUUAAACCCAUAUAACUCGAAAUUAUAUCGAAACAAAUUUUAAUAGAUAUUCUUAUUUUUUCAAGAUAUGAUUAAAAA